AUGUCUCCCACUUGGUUCACCACCCACGGCAUCGGCGCCAUCAAGGAUACAAACAACAGCUUCAGCAUCACCUCGGAUGGCGGCUCGGCCAAGAUCUCCCCCACCAGUGCCAGCGAACUUAAGGGCUGGGUCCACUACACCAUCCCCAACCCGGACCCGGACAACUCUUCCCUCAAGGCCAUCCAGGUCGACUUCUCUUCCCAGUCUGCCAGCGUCGAUGGCGUGAAGCUUCACUUUGCCAACAGCCUCAAGUUUAGCGUCUCGGACCUCCAGGAGACCAGCAGCUUCGAAUUAGACAUUGCCUCGUCCUCGGCUGUCUACAGCGACAAGGGCAUUGCCGUCUCCUUGUACCUCUCCUUUGACAGCAUCAAUGGCUGGGUUAAGCUCCAAUCCGUCGGCGUUCAGGGCUAG